UUUAAUUUGAACUCAAACCUUCAACUGUGAAUUUCAAAAGUCAAAGCUCCCAAUGCAAAAUAGAGUUUGAGGUUUGGAAACGGUGUGAGGAAAAAAAAGAGCGAGAAAGUGAGAGAGAAACUGUGAGCAAGCGAGGAAAUAGUACUGCAGCGAAUGAGAAUAAAACACCCCUCCCUUCCAGCCAGCAGAGUCUCCGCAACAGGAGAAGGAGAAGCAGGAGUUCCUGAAGAUGCAGAAAAGAGGACACACACCAUCUCAAAAUAACCACAGAAGACAUGAAACCGCUUGUGAAGAAAUGCAAAGUGCUUUCCAUGUACUUCCAGUGACACUUAUUACAGUAUAGUAUUAACUGAGAGCACAUACCAGUAUAUAGGAUGCAAUGAGAUUCUAGGAGAUCCAAUGGAAGAAGAAGUGUUGCUACAGAUGACCAAGAUGUCAACGCUCACAGUUACGGAGAGUUGGGAGAAGGUGGAUUUGAUGUACAUUUCCAUUGAAAGCACCAUUGCUUUGGCGUCAGUGAUUGGGAAUGUGCUGGUGGUCCUGGUGGUGUGCUUGAACCAGGGUCUGCGGGACCCGACCUUCUGCUUUAUUGUGUCUCUGGCGCUGGCUGAUAUUGCAGUGGGUGUUCUGGUCAUCCCACUGGCGGUGGUCCUUAGUUUGGGUCUCAACACACAGUUUUACACCUGCCUCUUCAUUUCUUGCCUGCUCGUCAUGAUCACACAGAGCUCCAUCCUGUCCCUGCUGGCCAUCGCCAUCGAUCGCUUCCUGCGCGUCAAGAUCCCAACAAGGUACAACAUCAUCGUAACUCAAAGACGGGCGUGGGCAGCUGUGGGUUUGUGUUGGCUCAUCUCUUUUCUGACUGGCUUAGUGCCUAUGGCCGGUUGGCACCGCAGCCCACCCGGAAAUGUCAGCACGACGCCAAUCCAGUGCCAGUUCACCAACGUCAUGCGCAUGGAUUACAUGGUCUACUUCAACUUCUUCGUCUGGGUGGUGGUGCCGCUGACCAUCAUGAUCGGUCUGUACGCCGAGAUCUUCCGGGUGAUCUGCCGGCAGCUCAAUCGCCGAGCCGAGGCCACUUGCGACUCCAGCAAAUAUUACAGAAAAGAGCUGAAACUGGCGAAGUCUCUAGCACUCGUUCUGUUUCUUUUCGCGGUCUGCUGGCUGCCACUUCACAUUAUGAACAGCAUUGUGUUUUUCUGCCCCACAUGCAACGUGCCCAAGAGUGCUUUUUAUGUGGGCAUCUUCAUGUCGCACAUUAACUCUGCACUCAAUCCCCUGGUGUACGCGUUUCGCAUCCAGCGCUUCCGCGAUACACUGAUUCAUAUCAUCCAGCGCUUUGUGCUCUGUAAAACACCAUCAGCCAUCCCGAACCAGCAUGGCCCUGGACCCAUCACAGAGAAAACACAAGUUCAAUAGCACUUCGCUGGCAGGCUGGGCUCCAAAUGAAAAAAUCCACCUACGAAGGGCACUUAGGAGUAAGAACAAUGAUAUUGAAGAAUCCUCCUAAAAUAAAAAGAGGAUAAGGAAUGAAGGCUCAACUAAUGAACACUUUAUUCCCAUAAUUCUAUGCGUGGGCGAUGAUUGACUUGGCCACGGAUGCGUUCCACUCCACUAUCAGACAAACACUUGUAAACUUCCCUCUGGGAAUUUCUGGCAGCACUUUAAAGUGCGUUCCACUUCGUCAAGUGGAUGAGGGAAGUCUGCAUGGACAGACCCUCAAACUCUCGAUUUUGACCAAGGGAGCGAGUCUGCUUUAUAUGUACACUAUGGCACCUUUAUGUCCUACAAUGCAAUAGGAUUGUGUCACUUUCCAGCAGGCAUACAACAUCAUAAGACGUUAAAUUAGGUUAGAUAUAGGUCAUGACAUCAAGUGACCAAAAAUCAAUUUCUAGCCAGGGUCUAAGGACAAUGUUAUUUUGACAUCCAAUAACGACGUUGCUAUUUGGUUGAAGCUGUAACAUUAUUGGAUGUUGAUAUUAGGUUGAUUUUAGGUUGUGUUGGAAAGUGACCAAAAUCCAACGUU